CCUGCUUUCACAAAUCCUAUAGUUCUUACAUCGAAGUAAUUCACUCCUGUAUCCAAAUCCCAGACCAGUACAAAGAGCAAUGGUUAAUCUAUCUGUAAAUGAUUCAGUAAAAUCUUUGAAUGUAAACCAGAGAACUCCUAAGGCUGGUCAGGCCAACAAAGGGAGUGAAAUCUUCUGAGACCGAAAACCCAAAGUAAAAAGAUCUAAAUCUUUCACUAAUUCACCACAAAUUAAGAAAAUUGCUGAAGUAAGAGAGACCAAGGCUGAGAGAUUCAAGACGCUGUUGUCGUUACUCACUAAGGAUAUUACCAGCAAGAAGCAAGAGAGGAAAGCACCACCUGUAAAAUCAAUCAAGGAAUUAUUCCAAAUGGUGGAGGAGCAGAAAUAAGCUUCAUCUUGAAUU